AUGACACAAGAACCCGGCAUGUCGUCCUCAGCCUCCACGCGCUCCUAUAGUCCGUCUUCUCAUACCGACUCUGAAUAUUCAACUGCGCCUAUCGGUACUGCUCAAUGUACUGCCGAAACUAGCGUUGAUGGAUGUACCUGGAGCAGAGAGGCAUGGCUGCAGCUAAAAGCCGUCGACAUACCCUUCAGUUACCAGCUUGGAAGUCUCACCGUGAACAAUACAGUCGCUUUGGAUCUGUUUCAGCACUUCGAUAGCUACUAUCGUCCGCACGCUAAGUUCUUGCGGCCCAUACGUACGUCUUUAAGCCAGUACUCACAAUCCUCUCCACAUCUUUUCUGGACCAUCAUCCUCUGUUCUUCUCAAAUGCAUCCGAAACACGCGCACAUGUAUUCCUCUAUUGUGACAGAGCAUGAGGCCAUGCUCUCAGCGACCGUUCUUCGUGCGCCACUCAACAUCGAGAUGAUGCAUGCCCUACUUUGCCUUUGCUUAUGGCCAGUUCCGAAGCUUCGCCUUUGGCAAGACUUGUCCUGGGGAUAUAUAGGGCUUGUUGUCAACUCUGCCAUGCAGCUCAAUUGUCACCUGCCAUCCAACCCGCUACUCAACAUACAUCUAAGGAGAAAUGCCAGCCGUCGCGCUGUGCCAAACAUCGACGCUGCUGUGAGGGAUACCACCUGGCUGGCGUGCUUUGAGAUGAACACUCGGCUUAGCGAGUUCUUGGGGUUUCCAUCCCUAUUCUCGUCUGGAUACUUCCUGAACUGUGUAUCUCGUGCUCGAGAACAAGCAUCAAACAUUUUGGACCCGACCGACGACAGGCUAUUAGAAAUUCGCUUGCUUACUGUGACUUCGAUGGCAAAGCUCGAUAUGAUCACAGACCCCGCCCUUCACUAUUCCCAGACACAAAGCAGCAUUCGCGACUUGGAGAUACUGAGAAGCUCAAACCAGCACUCCUGGAAUCUCAAAACGAAACUCAUUUUGCAAGGCGCAAAACUGUAUUUGUUUGCCAUGACACUUCUAUUGCCUCAUCCAAAGGAGCCCGUCGAAGCUCUGCAGGCUAUCACUAAUCGAAACGCAGUAUUGAUCAGCGGAUUAAUGUGUGCUUCGACAAUGAUAUCAGAUAUGCUCCACCAACUCCACGAUAAAUCCAGUCAAGGCUCAAAAGAUAUUAUUUGCAGUGUAGCGUUCUGGCCAAAGACACUCAUCAGCCACCUGUUCUUUGCAGCGACAUUCAUUUUCCGGGUUCUUUUGUCACAUUCAAGUCUUACCCCGCAGGAUAUGAACCUGGCUAUGUCACGUCUUGCCGAUGCACACGCAGUAUUUAGGAUGGAACCGUUGCAUCCAGAUCGCACACGGGCUGCUGAUAUUAUCCAGCGGUUGAUAGAAGUUGCGCGCGCUUAUGUAACGAAAGACAAAGACAAAAAUGACACCAAGGACCUGCUCCCGAGAGGCCUCCUCGUGACUGGUCGCUUGGGGGCAUCAGUCAUGUUUGAUGCCGUUCUACGAUCUGUGCACUAUCAAAAACAAAGUGCACAGAGAUGCAAGUCCCGUGCACCAAUUGAAGUUGGUAUGUAUCAGACCGGCGCGCCUAACGUUGGAGCAGAGUUUUGUGCAGGCGAAGAGGCUGGUUCGAGCAUCGGAUUGAUAGAGCAGCGUCAAUCUGCACAAGUCUAUACAAAUCCACCCGAUGCUCAAGUUGAAGCCGGGUUUGGUGAUUUGUUUGAUUUUGAAUUUAUGGAUUCCUACGAGUACAUUAUGAGCGCCGACGCGUCCCUGAUGUUUGGUAAUUUGGAGUAUUGA